GGUGGAACAGGGAGCAGAAUGAGUACCUCACGGGACCAGAGUGGCUGCUCCAGUAACAGAGAACCCCUUUUGAGGUGUUGUGAUGCACGGAGGGACUUGGAGCUUGCUAUUGGUGGAGUUCUCCGGGCUGAACAGUAAAUUAAAGAUAACUUGCGAGAGGUCAAAGCCCAGAUUCACAGUUGCAUAAGUCGUCACCUGGAAUGCCUUCGAAGCCAUGAGGUGUGGCUGUAUGAACAGGUAGAUCUCAUCUAUCAGCUUAAAGACGAGACACUUCAGCACCAGGCCCAACAGCUCUACUGGUAACUGGGCAAGUUCAAUUGUUUUAUCCAUCAACUGGAGUGCACCCAAAACAAAGAUCUAGCCAAUCAAGUUUCCGUGUGCCUGGAGAGAAUGGGCAGUUUGACCCUCAAACCUGAAGAUUCGACUGUCCUACUCUUUGAAGCUGACGUAACUGCCCUGCGCCAGGCAAUCACCACGUUUGGGUGUCUCAAGACCAUUCAAAUUCCUGAGCACCUGAUGGCUCAUGCCAGUUCAUCAAAUAUUGGGCCCUUCCUGGAGAAGAGAGGCUAUAUCCCGUUGCCAGAGCAGAAGUCAGCAUCCAGCACCACAGCUGUCCCUCUCAGCGAAUGGCUUCUUGGAAGCAAACCUGCCAACAGCCACCCGGCUCCUUACAUACCCAGUACCAACCUCCAGGACUGGCUCACCCAAAAGCAGACCUUGGAGAAUAGUCAGACUUCUGCCAGAGCCUGCAGUUUCUUCAGUAAUGUCUGGGGCAACCUAAAGGGCUUGGAAAACUGGCUCCACAAGAGUCAGCAACAAGAAGUUUCUGAAAAACCAAGUUACCAGAAGUGUAACAGCUCUUCUACUGCCAGUUCUUAUGCCAUUGAAAUGGAAAAGACUGGAGAUCUAGAGCUUCUUGAUCAAGAUGAGAUGGACCUUUCUGAUUGGCUGGUGACUCCCCAGGAAUCCCAUAAGCCUGAGAAGCCUGGGAAUGGCAGCUGUGAAACCAGUGAAAAGUUUAAGCUCUUGUUCCAAGUGUUCCAGGAGUCCUAUAGUGUGAGUGAUUGGCUUGUCAAGCCUGAUUCCUGUACCAGUUGUCAGGGUAACCAGCCCAAAGGUGUGGAGAUUGAGAACCUGGGCAGUCUGAAGUGCCUGAAUGACCACUUGGAGGCCAAGAAACCCUUGUCCACUCCCAGUGUGAUUACUGAGGAUUGGCUUGUCCAGAACCAUCAAGACCCGUAUAAAGAAGAGGAGGUCCGCAAAGCCAAUGAGCCCUGCACAAGCUUUGCAGAAUGCGUGUGUGAUGAAAAUUGUAAGAAGGAAGCUCUGUGUAAAUGGCUUCUGAAGAAAGAAGGAGAGGAUAAAAAUGGUAUGCCUGUGGAACCAAAACCUGAACCUGAGAAACACAGAGAUUCCCUGAAUAUGUGGCUGUGUCCAUCCAGAAAAGAGGCAACAGAACAAGCUAAGGCAUCAAAGGCAAUGGCUUCUAGAAUUGCUGAUUCCUUCCAAAUGAUAAGGAACAGUCCUUUGUCAGAGUGGCUCAUUACCCCUUCAUGCAAAGAAGGAUGUCCCAAGGAAGUGCCUCUUACAGAGGACAGCGCUAGCAAACAAAAGCUUACAAGUCCCUUGGCCACUUCCUGGUGUCCCUUUAACACAGCUGACUGGGUCUCACCAGGAAAGAAGACAGGAAAUCUUAGCCAGUUAUCCUCAGGAGAAGACAAGUGGCUACUUCAAAAGAAGGCCAAGGAAGUAUUACUUAAUUCGCCCCUACAGGAGGAGCACAGCUUUCCCCCAGACUGUUAUGGCCUCCCAGCAGUGUGUGAUCUCUUUGCUUGUAUGCAGCUUAAAGUUGAUAAAGAAAAAUGGUUGUAUCGAACUCCUCUACAGAUGUGAAGGAAUGGAGUACUAGAGUCAAGCAAAUUUUCUGCAGAUUAUCACAAAUCCAUAAGCUGAGUGACUGCGGCUUGCCAAAUCAUUGUUUCUGGGUCUGAUGUAGUUCCUUUCUUGCCUAAUUUUGAAUUAGUAAAGAGAAAUAAGUGGUAAAAUUAUGAGUUACUAUGUAAAAGAAAAAGGCUGU